AAUGAAUCCUUCGCAGUUCUGACGCCGAAAUCCGAUCUACAUGCAAAAACCUAGAUCCGCACCGUUUUUCCGAUUAAUGCGCGGGAAAUUGAGCUUCUGAGUCGCGGCUAUUACUAAGUGAAACCGAGUCGCCAUGGCGGGAAGGACGGACUCGGAGUCCAUCCGGGUGCCGUACAGGAACCUGAGGAGGGAUGCGGAAGUGGAAAUGAUGGCGACGGACGAGCCUCAUCAUCGUAUCGACCUCAAUUCGCCUACGUCUUCCUCCCCUAGGGUUCCAAAUGGGAGCGGGCCGCCGGGACAGCCCGGACACAAACACAAUACUCUUUUGACUCUCGUUCUCAGCUGCACGGUCGCCGCCGGUGUGCAAUUCGGUUGGGCGUUGCAGCUUUCGCUUUUAACUCCUUACAUACAGACUCUCGGAAUAGGGCAUGCAUUUUCUUCAUUUAUUUGGCUUUGUGGCCCUAUUACAGGCCUUGUGGUUCAACCUUGUGUUGGUAUUUGGAGUGACAAAUGCUCUUUAAAAUUGGGAAGAAGACGCCCUUUCAUUCUUGCAGGAUCUCUCAUGAUUUCAGUUUCUGUGGUGUUAAUUGGGUUUUCUGCAGACGUUGGAUACUUAUUAGGAGAUACAAAGGAGCAUUGCAGCACAUUCAAAGGUACCCGGACAAGGGCAGCCUUUGUCUUUAUUAUUGGAUUUUGGUUGCUGGAUCUUGCCAACAAUACAGUGCAGGGACCAGCUCGUGCUCUUCUGGCUGAUCUAGCAGGCCCCGAGCAACGUAAUACUGCAAAUGCUGUGUUUUGCUCAUGGAUGGCCGUUGGUAACAUCCUAGGAUUUUCUGCUGGUGCAAGUGGAAAUUGGCACAGAUGGUUUCCUUUCCUUCUGAGUAGAGCUUGCUGUGAAGCCUGUGGAAAUCUUAAAGCAGCAUUUCUCAUUGCAGUGAUCUUUCUCACUUUGUGUACACUUGUUACAAUGUAUUUUGCUGAGGAGGUUCCGCUCACUACGUAUCAACCGAACCCUUUAUCAGAUUCUGCUCCUUUAUUGGAUGAUCCCCAACAAAAUGGUCUUGAGCUUUCUAAGUUGAAGCGUGAUAAGCAAGUUAUCGAUGAUGCAAAUGGAAGCAGAAUUGACUAUGAAAGGGAUAUGAAUCUGAAGGAGGCCAUCUCAAAAGUUGAGGAAGAUAAGAAUGGUGGUUUUAAUGACGGACCUGGAGCAGUGUUAGUCAAUCUGUUGACCAGUUUAAGGCAUUUACCACCAGCAAUGCAUUCAGUGCUAAUUGUUAUGGCUCUUACAUGGUUAUCCUGGUUUCCAUUCUUUCUUUUUGAUACGGAUUGGAUGGGUAGGGAAGUAUAUCAUGGGGAUCCGAAAGGGAACUCAGCCAAAAUACAAGCUUAUGAUCAGGGUGUCAGAGAAGGUGCAUUCGGUUUAUUAUUGAAUUCAGUUGUUCUUGGCAUCAGUUCUUUCCUAAUUGAGCCAAUGUGCCAGCGGAUGGGUGCAAGACUAGUGUGGGCAAUGAGCAAUUUUAUUGUGUUUGCCUGCAUGGCAGGCACCGCUAUCAUAAGUUUAAUAUCUGUUACAGAGUAUUCUAAAGGGAUUGAACAUGUAAUUGGGGGGAAUGAAAAUAUCAGGAUUGCUUCCCUGAUUGUUUUUGCUCUUCUUGGCUUCCCACUUGCUAUUACCUACAGCGUUCCCUUUUCCGUUACAGCCGAGUUGACUGCCGAUGCCGGUGGUGGCCAAGGACUGGCUAUUGGAGUUUUGAAUCUUGCAAUUGUUAUUCCACAGAUGAUUGUGUCUCUUGGUGCGGGGCCAUGGGAUGCUUUAUUUGGGGGAGGAAAUAUACCUGCCUUUGUUUUGGCCUCCUUCGCUGCCCUUGCUGGCGGCAUUAUCGCAGCUCGCAGACUACCAAAUCUUUCGAGUUCCUUCAAGUCAACCGGUUUUCAUUUUGGGUAAUCACAAAAGCAGUUCACCUGGUCGGCUAAUGACAGAAGCAACUCAUCAGAUGAUGACCACCCGUUAUAUGAUUCAACCAUACCGGAGCAUUUGCUAUCCGAGGGAUUGCUCUGGCUCUGGCUCUGGCUCUAGAAUAUGCGUACGUAUCACACUUACCAACACCCAUUCCAUAAAUUCAUUCUUUUUUUUUUUUGCCUCACUUCGUAUGUAGAGUGUACAUUGUCAGUUACAUGAAAAGGAUAUACAUACAUGCAUAUAAUGCUAAUGCCGCUCUAAGAAAAUUGUUCACUUCUUCCUCAUCCGGUUAACAUUUUACAAUUGUGUAUAUAAUUUCAUAAGACUUUUUA